GACACAUUAAACAACAACUCAUUUGGUAAGAAGUACAGCUGGCAGGAGAAGGUCUCGCGCUCAUCCUCCCCCCUCAAAACAGGUGAGCUGUUCCACCACCACUUCAUGUUACAGGAGACUGCUGGCUCAUACCACCAGUUUAAUCUUUUAGGGGGUUGCUGAUUUUGCAGAUAUAAUUAGGCAACACAGCAGUAACUGCAGAAUCAACCACUGCCACUAAAACAAUAUAAAUAUUUCCUAUUAUCCAUUCCAACAUUGUCGAAAAUCUGUCUGUGGAUGAAUUUCAGUGGCUCAUUAGUGUCAGCCAUAUUGAACAGUCUGCUGUGGCUUAGCUAGCAGCCCAGAGCUACUACAGGUCUUAGAAUGGCCUCUCUGAACUAUAUGUAAAACUAGCAGAGAGUGUGUUGAGUUACAGACUAGAUGACCGAUGCUGCACAACUAUGAAGUUUCUAUUAGCCUAGCUGUCACUAAAUGUGUUUGGAAGGAAAGGAUAACAGAAUCAAAUAGAAAACGGUUGACUUUUUAUUCUUAUUCUGUUCUCUGUCUCUCUAAUAUAUAACCGUAUCUGCUUUAGGUCCACUAGUCCCAAUUUGGUUUAGUGCUUUAUAUAGCUGUUUUCUUGUUCAGAUAUCUAUUGAAAACCCCCAAUAAUUAGUAAUGGUUGUAAUUAUAACUUAAUUUAUGAAAAGCUUUUUAUACAUUGCUCUCAAAGCAUGUAUUAGUGUCCUAUGAUAGCAGUGAUGGCAUGGUGAAUAGCUAGUGUCCCUGCAAGGCUCUAAUGUUUUUUUACAGUGAAUUUGUGCUGGGCUUUUUGACAGUGGAUUAUGACAUACUAGGUCAAUCACAUUAUAUUUGCUGCCCACUGAAUAUGAUGAGUAUUUUGGAAUUAGCUUGUAAUCCCAGUGUUACCUAACCAACUUAACGUUUCUAAUAUUUGUGUAUGUUUGUCUGUGCAUGUUGCUGUUGAUCUGUAUGUGUUUGUUGUUGUCUGUGUGUACUGUUUGUGAACUGCUGCAUAUGUUUCCAUCUGGGUUUUUAUCUAUGUGCCCUUGUGUGUGUUUGUGUAUUUUCUAUGUGAAUGUGUACAUGUGUGCCUGUGUGGACAUGUUUGCUUGUAUGUCUGUCUGUGAGCCUGCAUGACUGUAUGCCUGUGUCUUGUAUGUAUGUCUGUGUAUGCCUGGGUCUGUGUCUGUCUCCCUCCCCCAGGUGGGCUGACCUCUCCCCAUGAGCACAGCUGUCUGAGCGAUGAGGACAAGCUGCAGCAAGGAGGUGGGACGCAGACCAAGGACCGCGGCACAUCCACUGACGCUCCCUGCAGACACAAACACACCUCUGGACACACCCACAGCUCCGCAGCAGGGACACGCUCCAAACUGCAGGAGAAGCCCACAGCACCCCCGCCUCCCCAAAACUACACACCCGCACCUCUGGGCCCCCCAGGGAAGGGCGAGGGGGGGACACACAGAGAGAAUAUCCGCUAUCACACAGACGUACGCCUAGAACCCACUGAGGAGAUCUAUCUGACUCCCGUGCACCGUUCCGAGCAGGACCGCCCAUUCCUGUCCCAGCAGCCAGAGCACGGACGCAUGUCAUUCAGCUCUGACACCGAGGGCCCACCCCCUUACCAGCCUCUGCCCGACCGGACCAACCCCUCCAUAUGUGAGGAGGACGAGGUGUAUGUGCCCCCUUCCUCCUACGCCUCCUGUGUGGAGGCUCUCCUCACCCCUCCCUCUACCGCCCCCCCCAGGGAACCCCCAGCCUUAGCCCUGAACCUCAGCCUGAGGGAAGGAGGAGCAGGGGCGGUGGUGAGGGCAGGGGUAGGGGUGGAGUAUGUAGACGCCCAGGACGAGACAUUUGGGGGAGAGGGUGAGGCUGAGGAUGAGAGGGUAAGGGAUGUGGGAGGCAGGCAGUAUUUGGGACGUGGCGGCUGUGGUGCCCCCCCGAGGACUUUGAUGAGCUCGGAAGCGAGUGGUCUGUCUUACGACUCUGUGAAGUACACACUCGUCGUGGACGAGCACGCACAGCUCGAACUGGUGAGUCUGCAGCAGUGUUACCAAUGUUACAGCGACGACAGCGACUCUGCGACCGUCUACGACAAUUGUGUCUUGUCUCCGUACGAGUCGGCCAUCGGGGAGGAGUAUGAGGAGGAAGAGGAAGAAGAAGAUAAAGAGGAUGAGGAGGAGAGAGCGAGAGUGGAAUGGAGGAGAGAAGCAACCGCCUGUCUGUCAGAGGACUCCACCCCAGAGGCGAACCUACACUUCUCUAAGAAGUUCCUCAACAUCUUCAUGAACGGACAGUCACGGUCCUCCAGUAGGUACCACCACUGAACCACAAGGGCACCAUCUUUUGUUCAGACACUGCAGUUUCUUAUAUUAGGCUUAAAGGGCAACUCCAUCACUUUUCAUUAUCUCCAGCACAAUACGAGUGUCAACAUAUGUGAAAAUGGCGCAUUUCUAAGUUUUGCAGGAACAAAUAUAAAGUUCAAAAGUUCUACCCGAUGACAUCAUCAAAAGUUACAACAUUUUAUUCCUUAAUAGUCUAUUGACUCACCCGUGCGUCAGUAUAAGUAACAUAAUAAAACAAAUCCCCAUCAAAAUCCAUCAGUUUAAGUUAGAGAUAUCUUUUUGCAUCUCAAUCAGUGGCGGUUGGUGCCAUUUAAGAUGAACAUGGCCUUAUUUCUAUUACAGCAUAUUGGAUGACUGUCAUCCAUAUUCCAUAGACCAAGCUCAAUGGAACAUCGAUAGGUUUAGGCCACUACAUCGUACUUGAAUUUACCCUGUACCGAUCAUGAGGUUGCUACAACCUAGCCUAUGAAUGAAAGUUUACAACGUAGGUUCACAGGUCAAGAUAAUUUGACAGACAGUGACACAUUUAAUACCGCCUUAAACACUCUUGCCUGCAUCUAGCUGAUUUAGAGUUUCUAUUGGACAAAUUCUGGUAUGUUUAUCCCAUGUUUCAUUCUGUUUGCUUCCGUUUAAGAAAUGUUUUUCAACAGUAUCUGCGCAAUGAAUACACCCCUGAUCGCACUUAAACACAGUUCACAUUCAUAGCAGCCACAUACAAACAGCUCGUUUUAUGCAGUAUAUAAUUUCUUCUCGUAUCUACGCUCUCUCCUCCCCUCACCUUUUCCCUAAGAUUGUGGACUUCAGUGCACAACACAUCAGCUGUCUGUGACCAGGCAAAAGAAACACAGCCUAUAAUGUUGUCACAUCAUAGUCAACAUAGCUACUAGAACUAGCGUGUUAGUAAACCCGCUACAAUCAUGCAGUACAGUGUACAAUCAGCAGCAAGCAGUUUAGCAGUUACACCGGCGGGUCCCGGUGGCAAUAUAUUAAUAAAACCAAAAGCUUACCUUGACUUGGAAGAGUUCCAGUUUUGGAUAGCCAGCUAGCUAACAUAGCCUCUCUCUCUCUCUCUCUCUCUCUCUCUCUCAACACAUUUUAUGCAGUGCUAGCUAGCUGUAGCUUAUGCUUUCAGUACUAGAUUAAUUCUCUGAUCCUUCGAUUGGGUGGACAACAUGUCAGUGCAUGUUGCAAGAGCUCUGACAGGUUGGAGGACGUCCUCCGGAAGUUGUCAUAAUUACGGUGUAAGUCUAUGGAAGGGGGUGGGAACCAAGAGCCUCCUAGGUUGUUUAUUUAAGUCAAUCUACCCAGAGGAGGACAGAAGCUAGCUGUCCUCCGGCUACACUGUGGUGCUACCCUUCCUCCUCUGAGGAGCCUCCACUGGUCUCAAUCCACCGUAUCUGCCUAUGUAAGCCUUCCGCAUCUGCGGUGGAAGGUGGCCAAGCUUCUCACGAAAAUGUCUAUAGCAUCCGAACGGUCUGUAGCGUCCGUUUUGCUCUACGACCCCCACAAGUGUCACGGAACUCGUCUGAAUGUAACCCAUACAAAUGAAUGAAAGUAUGGAGGUAGUUUUGUGCCAACAAAGAAAAGGGGUUAUAUAUGUGUAAAAAAAAACUUAUACCUCGUAGAUAUAGGCCAGACACUACAAAACCUUACUCCUUAUGAUAAAAUGGUUCACUGUCUAUUUAUGAACGUAUUAUUUAAUGUGUUUCUAUGGGCCAAAAUUACCACAUUCCUCAGUGAAGAGGUCCUCAACCAACAAUCUGAAUUGCCCGAAAGGCACUAAUGCAUCCAAUUGCAGAGUAUUCUGUAGUGACAGAAGGAAUUUCAAGACAUGGCCAUACCUGUGACCCGGGUUAGGUAAUGCUGGAGUUUUUGCGAAAGGGCUUUAUAAAUUAACAGAAUGCAAUGUUUCGACCUAUGCAACGUCAAAGAGGCCCAGCCUACUUUUUCAUAGAGAAAACCUGUAACCCGGAUAAAAGCAAGUGUGCUAUGGUAAACCGCAUCUAACAGCUUAACAGUGGCAGCUGCAUUCAUGUAGAUGAUGUCACCAUAGUCUAGGACCGGUAGGAAUGUCGACUGAAUGAUCUGUUUUCUACUAUUAAGCAUGACAAAUGAUCUAUUUCUAUAGAAGAAACCCAUUUUUAUUCUCAGCUUCUUAGUUAACUCGUUUAUAUGUUUUUUAAAAGGCAACGUAUUGUCUUAUCCAAAUGCCCAGGCAGAGACACGGUCAUUGUGGGCAUAAUCCAAGGUACAGAUUAUUAAAUCUUUAGAGUCAUUGUUGUGCGCUAUAGAAAACAACAUGUACUUUGUUUUUCCAGCAUUCAAUAAUUAUUUAAGGUCAAGAAGUGUUUUUUGUAAGACAAUGAAAGCAGUCUGUAAGUCAAAGUGCCUGGUCCACAAUGGGGGCAAUAGAAUACACAACAGUAUCAUACGCAUACAGGUGCAGUUUACAAUUUUUUUCCACAGACAACCCAAUAUUGUUAAUGUAGACCAGGGGAUCUUCAACUUUUUCAGCUUGAGACCCCUGAUAUACAGUGGGGAAAAAAUGUAUUUAGUCAGCCACCAAUUGUGCAAGUUCUCCCACUUAAAAAGAUGAGAGGCCUGUAAUUUUCAUCAUAGGUACACAUCAACUAUGACAGACAAAAUGAGCAUUUUUUUCCAGAAAAUCACAUUGUAGGAUUUUUUAUGAAUUUAUUUGCAAAUUAUGGUGGAAAAUAAGUAUUUGGUCAAUAACAAAAGUUUCUCAAUACUUUGUUAUAUACCCUUUGUUGGCAAUGACACAGGUCAAACGUCUUCUGUAAGUCUUCACAAAGUUUUUACACACUGUUGCUGGUAUUUUGGCCCAUUCCUCCAUGCAGAUCUCCUCUAGAGCAGUGAUGUUUUGGGGCUGUCGCUGGGCAACACGGACUUUCAACUCCCUCCAAAGAUUUUCUAUGGGGUUGAGAUCUGGAGACUGACUAGGCCACUCCAGGACCUUGAAAUGCUUCUUACGAAGCCACUCUUUCGUUGCCCAGGCGGUGUGUUUGGGAUCAUUGUCAUGAUCAAACACCCAGCCAUGUUUCAUCUUCAAUGCCCUUGCUGAUGGAAGGAGGUUUUCACUCAAAAUCUCACGAUAAAUGGCCCCAUUCAUUCUUUCCUUUACACGGAUCAGUCGUCCUGGUCCCUUUGCAGAAAAACAGCCCCAAAGCAUGAUGUUUCCACCCCCAUGCUUCACAGUAGGUAUGGUGUUCUUUGGAUGCAACUCAGCAUUCUUUGUCCUCCAAACACGACGAGUUGAGAUUUUACCAAAAAGUUCUAUUUUGGUUUCAUCUGACCAUAUGACAUUCUCCCAAUCCUCUUCUGGAUCAUCCAAAUGCACUCUAGCAAACUUCAGAUGGGCCUGGACAUGUACUGGCUUAAGCAGGGGGACACGUCUGGCACUGCAGGAUUUGAGUCCCUGGCGGCAUAAUGUGUUACUGAUGGUAGGCUUUGUUACUUUGGUCCCAGCUCUCUGCAGGUCAUUCACUAGGUCCCCCCGUGUGGUUCUGGGAUUUUAGCUCACCGUUCUUGUGAUCAUUUUGACCCCACGGGGUGAGAUCUUGCGUGGAGCCCCAGAUCGAGGGAGAUUAUCAGUGGUCUUGUAGGUCUUCCAUUUCCUAAUAAUUGCUCCCACAGUUGAUUUCUUCAAACCAAGCUGCUUACCUAUUGCAGAUUCAGUCUUCCCAGCCUGGUGCAGGUCUACAAUUUUGUUUCUGGUGUCCUUUGACAGCUCUUUGGUCUUGGCCAUAGUGGAGUUUGGAGUGUGACUGUUUGAGGUUGUGGACAGGUGUCUUUUAUACAGAUAACAAGUUCAAACAGGUGCCAUUAAUACAGGUAACGAGUGGAGGACAGAGGAGCCUCUUAAAGAAGAAGUUACAGGUCUGUGAGAGCCAGAAAUCUUGCUUGUUUGUAGGUGACCAAAUACUUAUUUUCCACCAUAAUUUGCAAAUAAAUUCAUUAAAAAUCCUACAAUGUGAUUUUCUGGAGAAAAAAAAUCUCAAUUUGUCUGUCAUAGUUGACGUGUACCUAUGAUGAAAAUUACAGGCCUCUCUCAUCUUUUUAAGUGGGAGAACUUGCACAAUUGGUGGCUGACUAAAUACUUUUUUUCCCCACUGUACAGUACCUUCAUAAAUUAUUCAAACCUUUUACACAUGUUGUUGUGCUACAGCCUGAAUUUAAAAUGGAUUAAAUUAAGAUUUUGUGUCACUGAUCUACACACAAUACCCCAUAAAGUGGAAUUUUGUUUGUAGAAAAUGUUGACUAUAGUGGCUUUCGAUAAUAUUCACCCCCCUUGGCAUUUUUCCUAUUUUGCUGCCUUACAACCUGGAAUUAAAAUUGAUUUUGUCGGUGUUUGUAUCAUUUGAUUUACACAACAUGCCUACCACUUUGAAGAUGCAAAAUAUUUUUUUGUGAAAAACACUAGAAAUAAGACAAAAAAACUGAAAACUUGAGCAUGCAUAACUAUUCUAUAAGUUGAAACUCUAUGGAAAAACUUGAAAAUGGCUGUCUAGCAAUGACCAACCAUCAACUUGACAGAGCUUGAAGAAUUUUAAAAAGAAUAAUGGGCAAAUAUUGUACAAUCCAGGUGUGCAAAGCUCUUAGAGACUUAACAAAAAGAUUCACAGCUGCAAUUGCCGCCAAAGGUGCUUAUACAAAGUAUUGACUCAGGGGUGUGAAUACUUAUGUUUUCGACAUAUUUCUGCAUUUAAUUUUCAAUAUAUUUGCAAAGAUUUCUGCAAAUAUUUUUCAAUUGGUCAUUAUGGGGUAUUAUGAGUAGAUGGGUGAGAAUAACAUAUAUUUCAUCCAUGCAGCACUUGGAAACAGUACUUCAGAAUAAAAAUGAAUCUUCUUUUACUCCCAACUUCUCCAGGUGCAGAGUCGUUUUGCUUGUUCUCCUGCAUCAUAAAUGGGGAGGAGAGGGAACAGAGUCACAGAGCCGUCUACAGGUGAGAUACAUCUUUAUUAUCAUCAUCACAUCAUCAGUCAUCGUCGUCACCUGCACUACUGCGAAUUACAUUUUGCAGGUAUUUAUACAAAGUGACUUAUUAAACACAUCCUUUCAGUAUAUAGCUGAUGUGGGAAUUAAACCCACAACUAUAUCCUAGCACUGAUUAAACAAACACCUCUAACCCAUCAUACUUACUCAUAGCACUUAGGUAAUCCUAACCACUAAAUUAAUUGACCAUUUACACUUUAGCAUUGCUUUGUAGCAUUUAGUAAUGUGACUUGUCAGUUAUCCUCCAUGACAUAUAGAUUUGACAGGCCGAAUGGGUCUCUUGGAAUCAGUAGAGCAGAAAAACCUAUGUAUAGUUACGUCGUUCCACAAAUAGAGUACAUUUUGCGUCCCUUUGAUAUUUUAAGUAGAAAUUGUGCACAAAUAUUGCAUUUUAAAAGACUAUUACAGCAUAUUAAAUGAAGUUCUCUUUAAUAUAGACCACCUGAACAAGUCAAUAAAUUAAUUAAUUUUCAUUUUAUUGCAUGACAUAAGUAUUUGAUCACCUACCAACCAGUAUGAAUUCCGGCUCUCACAGACCUGUUAGUUUUUCUUUAAGAAGCCCUCCUGUUCUCCACUCAUUACCUGUAUUAACUGCACCUGUUUGAACUCGUUACCUGUAUAAAAGACACCUGUCCACACACUCAAUCAAACAGACUGCAACCUCUCCACAAUGGCCAAGACCAGAGAGCUGUGUAAGGCCAUCAGGGAUCAAAUUGUACCUGUACAAGGCUGGAAUGGGCUACAGGACAAUAGGCAAGCAGCUUGGUGAGAAGGCAACAACUGUUGGUGCAAUUAUUAGAAAAUGGAAGAAGUUCAAGAUGACGGUCAAUCACCCUCGGUCUGGGGCCCCAUGCAAGAUCUCACCUCGUGGGGCAUCAAUGAUCAUGAGGAUGGUGAGGGAUCAGCCCAGAACUACACGGCAGGACCUGGUCAAUGACCUGAAGAGAGCUGGGACCACAGUCUCAAAGAAAACCAUUAGUAACACACUACGCCGUCAUGGAUUAAAAUCCCCCUGCUCAAGCCAGCGCAUGUCCAGGCACGUCUGGAGUUUGCCAAUGACCAUCUGGAUGAUCCAGAGGAGGAAUGGGAGAAGGUCAUGUGGUCUGAUGAGACAAAAAUAGAGCUUUAUGGUCUAAACUCCACUCGCCGUGUUUGGAGGAAGAAUAAGGAUGAGUACAACCCCAAGAACACCAUCCCAACCGUGAAGCAUGGAGGUGGAAACAUCAUUCUUUAGGGAUGCUUUUCUGCAAAGGGGACAGGAUGACUGCAACCGUAUUGAGGGGAGGAUGGAUGGGGCCAUGUAUCGCAAGAUCUUGGCCAACAACCUCCUUCCCUCAGUAAGAGCAUUGAAGAUGGGUCGUGGCUGGGUCUUCCAGCAUGACAAUGACCCAAAACACACAGCCAAGGCAACUAAGGAGUGGUUCCAUAAGAAGCAUCUCAAGUUCCUGGAGUUGCCUAGCUGGUCUCCAGACCUCAACCCAAUAGAAAAUCUUUGGAGGGAGCUGAAAGUCUGUAUUGCCCAGCGACAGCCCCGAAACCUGAAGGAUCUGGAGAAGGUCUGUAUGGAGGAGUGGGCCAAAAUCCCUGCUACAGUGUGUGCAAACCUGGUCAAGACCUACAGGAAACGUAUGAUCUCUGUAAUUGCAAACAAAGGUUUCUGUACCAAAUAUUAAGUUCUGCUUUUCUGAUGUAUCAAAUACUUAUGUCAUGCAAUAAAACGCAAAUUAAUUACUUAAAAAUCAUACCAUGUGAUUUUCUGGAUAUUUGUUUUAGAUUCCGUCUCUCACAGUUGAAGUGUACCUAUGAUAACAAUUACAGACCUCUACAUGCUUUGUAAGUAGGAAAACCUGCAAAAUCGGCAGUGUAUCAAAUACUUGUUCUCCCCACUGUAUGUCUGUCCCUCAUGUUAAGGUCAACCCCUGUUAUGUGAACUGAAUUCUCGUUUUAAUAUAGUGAAACUAUUCCUUUUUAAAGGGAUACUAUGAGAUUUGGGGAUUUAAUUUAUUUACCUAGAAAGAUGAACUCAUCAAUACCAUUUUUAUGUCUCGGUAUGCAGUUUGAAGGUAACUGACAUUAGCUUAUCGUUAGCAUAGCGCAAUGGCUGGAAGUCUCCAGGUAGAGUAACCAGCUCCUCUCAAAAGCAGGGAAAUAUACCUUCUAACUAUUCCAAAGCUGGUUGGUUGGUCAUUUAUAGUCCUACAUAGUAAUUUAUAUAUUUUAUAAAUUCUCACAGGACACUCACAAACUAUAUUGGACAUGCGAUGGUACUACCAUCUAUCUAGCUCAGAACUGAAGCGCUGUCCCGUUGUCGCAGUUGGCUGGCUGUGUUGACUUGAGAGGUUGCACAUAACCUUUUCUUUCGCCUACGGCAGAUGAAUGAAAUGCAUAUUUCAGAUAAAAUAGUUCCAAAAAUAACUGCAUUUAAAACAACUAGAAUUGAAAUAUGAUAGUUUUAUAUAUACUUAGGAGUAGCUAGAAGGUAUUUUUCCAUGCUUUUGAGAGGAGCUGGCUACCUGGAGACCUCCAGCAAUUGUGCUAAGCUAACGAUGAUCUAAUGUCAAUUAUCUUUAAACUCAGCAUUGGGCCAGUAACCGAAAGGUUGCUGGAUUGAAUCCCCAAGCCGGCAAGGUGGGAAAAUCUGGAGUCCUAAAAACAAUUAAAUAAGUGUAUGUUAUUUGGCAAGUCACGGAUUGGCUCUCAGAAAAAUUCAACCCCCCCAGACCUCCUGAAAGCUAAAAAAAAGCAAUAACAUUUUCAAUAUACAUAUAUAGAGUGUUUGACUGAUUUGGACAUAGAUUGUGCCAAACUAACGGGCUGCUCAAUACACAUCGUUUGGUGUAUUGUUGGUCUGUGUUCAACAGAGGGGGCCAACGCCACAGUGGAAUUCAAGGAAGUACUACCACAGAAAUAUUUCAAUUUGGUCAUCCUUUUACAAUUACUCGUAACUUCAUCAUACAUUUGAACAGUAUAAGACAAGUGAUCCUUCAUGUACUGUCACACACCCUCUGUUUACAAAACAAUAGAUUAAAACACGCUUAUAUUUUGGGUUCUGAUUGGGUAUGACAGUUGAACUAAGCUCAUGACGCAAAUUAUAUUCUUCAAGAAUCAAAGUCAAAAAUGUAUGUAGCAACUGCAGAUUGCCCCUUUAAGGAACACAAAUAUUAAACAGUUUGAUCCUGACAACCAAAUGAUUCAAGCACAUUACAUUGUAAGUACAGGAAUAUUCCUUAGCUAUGGUGUUUGACCACUAUAAGCAGUUCAGUAGUAUAUCUAUGUAUCUUAUAAGCUGAGUGCACUGUAUCUGUUACCAGCCAAAUGUACACAGGUGUAGACUUGAACGUUACACAGUUAGAAAAUUGGCUUUCUAAGCAUGAACAGGUUCUAAAAUCUGUUGUUCUGUCUGGCUGUUUGUCCCUGUUUCUGUGACAACUACAGGUUUGUCCCUCGCCAUGAAGAUGAGCUGGAGUUGGAGGUGGAUGACCCUCUACUAGUGGAGGUACAAGCAGAGGAUUACUGGUACGAAGGCUACAACAUGCGUACAGGCACCCACGGCAUCUUUCCUGCUUACUACGCCAUAGAGGUCGCCAAGGAGCCAGAGAGCUUAAAAGGUACAAUGCUUUGAUCCCUGCUUAUUUACACAGUGCUAAAAUGCUAAAUGAGUAUUUGCACCACUUUAAAAGGGCAAUCUGUAGUUCAAACAAUAACAAAGCCAACAUCCCACCACUGUUUUCGUAAACAGCUGAGGGAUGGGACUGGAGAAAUGUAACCACUCAUCAGAGCUAUGGAUGCAAGGAUUGACCAUUCAUGAUAUCAACAUUAUAGUUUUUACCAUGUUUUGAGGCUAUGUAACUGUUUACAAUUAAAUUGUUUACACACAGUGGAUCAAGACAAGCUGAUAGUUUUGAACUAAGCUCAUGAGAAAUGUAGAAGUUAUAUUCUUCAAGAAUCAAUUGGUCUACAGUAUAUCAUUAAUUUAAAAGUCUACAAAUUGAUGUGACAACUGCAGAUUGCCUCUUUAAGGAACACAAAUAUUAAAUAGUUUGAUCCUCAUAACCAAAUGAUUCAGCACAUGACAUUGUAAGUAAAGUAAAAUGUAUUUGCCAUGGUGUGUAACCAAUCGCAGAUUGCCACUUUAAAGAACACUAUUGUGUUGACAGCUCUAUAGGUGAAUAUAUUGAUGCACAUUACAGUACUAAUGGCAUUGAUCCAACCGUGUGUAGAGCACUUUAACCCUUCCCUUCUGUUCCGGGGCAAUUUGAAAAGAGUUCGAAAUCACUAAAAUACUAUUUUACGUCAUUUUUCAACCAUGACCCUUCAUCUGCUUUCCUGAGGAUGGGUCUCAAACUUGCAAAACACAUAAUUAAACAAAUACAAUUAACUUUAAACCCAGUACCGGAAUAGUGACAUGAUGUUCUGGGUAAAUUUUACCCGCAAUUUGACCUUGAACAUGGUCUAUUUAACUUUAUAUAUAGAAACAAACUGCUUACUGCACAGGAAUGGUGCAACCAUGAUAAUCACAUAGAUAUAAGUAUGAUUUCCCUAUGUUGCUGAGCAACACUGAUCUGAAGUCAAUUUAACCAGGAAUUUGGCUCCCGCAAUUUGACCUUGACCUACAUAACCUUUGAACGGUGUGACCUGGAAACAAUCUGCUUUCUGCACAGGAAUGGUGCAAACAUGAUGAUCACAAAUAAUGUCCCUAUGAUGCUCAGAGGCUAAGCAACACUGAUCUGAAGUAAAUUUGACCUUGACCUUUGUGCUAGAGACAAAUGUUAUUCUGUGGAGUAAAGAUCCGUCCAUGAUUGUAUCAUUUAUAUUUUAGUCAUUUUAGCAAACACUCUUAUCCAGAGCGACUUACAGUUAGUGAGUGCAUACAUUUUUUUUUUCAUACUGACCCCCCGUGGGAAUCGAACCCACAACCCUGGCGUUGCAAACGCCAUGCUCUACCAACUGAGCUUCACGGGGCCUGAGCUAUACGGGGAUCACAAGGAUAUAGGUAUGCUUUCCCUGUAAUGUUCUGAGGCCGAGGAACAGUGAUCUGAAGUUAGGCAAAACAUUUGCUAUAAAGGUCUUAAAUGUCAUAAAAUGUCAUAAUUUGAUUGAUUUACGACUUUGGUACAGUAAUCAAACAUUUGGCUCUAACUUUUGAACAAUUGGGUCCAUCAAUUUAGGGGAAAAGCAUAUGAAAGAAGAAACUGAGCUACUAGAAAAAACAUUUUGGGAGGUUAAGAUCCUAUAUUUGUGAUCUUGAUGGACUUAUUGUACUUACUGUACUGGUCAAAUUGACCCGGAACAUAAACGGUGUUGGCCCAAUCGAACAUAAGAGAAGGGCUAGAAGUACUGAGUCAGCCUUGUCCAGCACUAACCCAUUAUUAUGUAUGCAGUGCUUAAAUGUUGACCCAUCUUCAUUCAGAGCACUUUAAAGGUCCAUUAUGUAGCUUUGUGGAAGAACCAACAGAUUUCCUAUAGAAAUGGGAGUUGAUAUGUCAUUCUCAUUGAAAGCAAGUCUGACAAGCAGUAGAUCUGUUCUAUGUACAAUAUUUCUAUGCUCCCCCUCCAUAAGUUUCAUUUUUGUGUCUUCUUACUUUCAGUUCUGUACACCAGCUUCAAACAGCUGAAAAUACAUUAUUUUUGCUGUUCUCACUAAGGGCAUGCUCCAAUGAGCGCUUCUUUAGCUAGAUAGCCAGCUAAACUUUUCUUAACACUAAUCAUCCAAGAACCAGGCUGGAGAUAUAAUUUGAAGAUUUAAUUUCAGAAGUCUAAAACUGUACGCACAAAACUAUAACCACAGCAUGCCAAAAGGUAAGUAUGAUAUUCUCACAUACAUUGGGGAAAAAAAGUAUUUAGUCAGCCACCAAUUGUGCAAGUUCUCUCACUUAAAAAGAUGAGAGAGGCCUGUAAUUUUCAUCAUAGGUACACGUCAACUAUGACAGACAAAAUUAGAAUUUUCUUUCCAGAAAAUCACAUUGUAGGAUUUUUAUGAAUUUAUUUGCAAAUUAUGGUGGAAAAUAAGUAUUUGGUCAAUAACAAAAGUUUCUCAAUACUUUGUUAUAUACCCUUUGUUGGCAAUGACACAGGUCAAAUGUUUUCUGUAAGUCUUCACAAGGUUUUCACACACUGUUGCUGGUAUUUUGGCCCAUUCCUCCAUGCAGAUCUCCUCUAGAGCAGUGAUGUUUUGGGGCUGUCGCUGGGCAACACAGACUUUCAACUCCCUCCAAAGAUUUUCUAUGGGGUUGAGAUCUGGAGACUGGCUAGGCCACUCCAGGACCUUGAAAUGCUUCUUACGAAGCCGCUCCUUCGUUGCCCAGGCGGUGUGUUUGGGAUCAUUGUCAUGCUGAAAGACCCAGCCACGUUUCAUCUUCAAUGCCCUUGCUGAUGGAAGUAGGUUUUCACUCAAAAUCUCACGAUACAUGGCACCAUUCAUUCUUUCCUUUACACGGAUCAGUCGUCCUGGUCCCUUUGCAGAAAAACAGCCCCAAAGCAUGAUGUUUCCACCCCCAUGCUUCACAGUAGGUAUGGUGUUCGUUGGAUGCAACUCAGCAUUCUUUGUCCUCCAAACACGACGAGUUGAGUUUUUUACCAAAAAGUUAUAUUUUGGUUUCAUCUGACCAUAUGACAUUCUCCCAAUCCUCUUCUGGAUCAUCCAAAUGCACUCUAGCAAACUUCAGACGGGCCUGGACAUGUACUGGCUUAAGCAGGGGGACACGUCUGGCACUGCAGGAUUUGAGUCCCUGGCGGCGUAGUGUGUUACUGAUGGUAGGCUUUGUUACUUUGGUCCCAGCUCUCUGCAGGUCAUUCACUAAGUCCCCCCGUGUGGUUCUGGGAUUUUUGCUCACCGUUCUUGUGAUCAUUUUGACCCCACGGGGUGAGAUCUUGCGUGGAGCCCCAGAUCGAGGGAGAUUAUCAGUGGUCUUGUAUGUCUUCCAUUUCCUAAUAAUUGCUCCCACAGUUGAUUUCUUCAAACCAAGCUGCUUACCUAUUGCAGAUUCAGUCUUCCCAGCCUGGUGCAGGUCUACAAUUUUGUUUCUGGUGUCCUUUGACAGCUCUUUGGUCUUGGCCAUAGUGGAGUUUGGAGUGUGACUGUUUGAGGUUGUGGACAGGUGUCUUUUAUACUGAUAACAAGUUCAAACAGGUGCCAUUAAUACAGGUAACGAGUGGAGGACAGAGGAGCCUCUUAAAGUUACAGGUCUGUGAGAGCCAGAAAUCUUGCUUGUUUGUAGGUGACCAAAUACUUAUUUUCCACCAUAAUUUGCAAAUAAAUUCAUUAAAAAUCCUACAAUGUGAUUUUCUGGCAUUUUUUUCCUCAAUUUGUCUGUCAUAGUUGACGUGUACCUAUGAUGAAAAUUACAGGCCUCUCAUCUUUUUAAGUGGGAGAACUUGCACAAUUGGUGGCUGAAUAAAUACUUUUUUCCCCCACUGUAUAUAGAUAGAUACAUGUAGAAUUGGCUGUAUCAAAGCUAAACAUGAACAUAUAACAUGUUGGGACAAUAGUAGGAGAGAAUAAUGAUUUACAGGUCUCACAAGGUAGGUAUAGGCUACAAUAGUCCUUUGUAGAUUGGGCAUUUUACAGGGAGGUGAACAUCCAGGAUGAACCAAAAUAUACCAAACAGGUAGGACACAGGUGAGUAUACUAACACAAAUACACAUUUGCAUACACACACAUCCAUGCUGAUUAGUUAGCAUGACGAUUAAAGAGAGAAACAUGAAUAGCAAUGAGGCUAGCUAACCGCCAAGCUAAACACCAUACAUUUCAAUGGGAUCGGUUAAAACCAUUUUAGCUAGCGACCUUUUUAAACAUCCUAAAAGUAAUAAAUGGUGAAAUAAUGAAUAGUACAUGCACACACAUUAACAAUAAAUAUGAAUACUUACAGAUGAUGUCAAAUUAUUAGUUAUAUGAUGGUGAAGGAUGGAAUGUUGCUUACCUCGAGGAUAGUUAAGUGGUUACUAGUUACUAAGAUGCAAAAUACGAAAACAGGUGAGGGUACAAUGUUUAUUGAUGGACAGUUAUUGAUGGUACAAUGAUUGUCUACAUUAUAUAUUGAUUUUGUCAUUAGAAACCAGGAAAUGGCAGAGCUAUUACUACAUAUUGUGCCCUUAAAUGUACUGUAGCAUCCAUAGUUUAUAUUGUUUCUCUAUCUCUCUCUCUCCCCUACAGUGAAGAGCAGUGAAUGGGUAGACAGAUACCGCAUGAAAUUCCUGGGCUCGGUCCAAGUGCCCUACCACAAAGGCAACGAUGUUCUGUGUGCAGCUAUGCAGAAGGUAUGGAAUGUGCUGUGUGUGUGCUUGUGAAAGAGAGAGUGAGAGGAUAGAAAGAGUGUGAGAGAGAUGUCAACUGUCACGUUACCAAUGGAAACCAUAAACUUUAACUGAGUGAGAGGGGGAGGAAGAGACAGAUGGAUGAAGAGACAGAUGAAGUGAGUAGGAACAUGGGAAAUAAUGGGGGAGAAAGAGUGAGAGGUAAACAGUAUAGUUUAUUCUCUAUGAAAAUACUAUUGAGAUAGUAUGGUUGGGGUCGGAAUUCAGAAUUUAAUUUUAUUCAACGCAUUAAUUGAAAUUUGAAUUGGACACAUCCCACAGAAAGCAGAAUUGUAAUUUAAUUUUAAUUAAAGGAAGUAAAUUAAGACAUAAAAGUGCCAUUCAUUUGAUUCAACCACACUGUAUCUUAUACAUAGUAUUGGUUACCAUACAUGAUUUCAAAACAAUUAUAUUUGUGUAGUGAUGUGUAGAAUAAAUAAGCCAUUUGAAUUCAAUUCCAAGUCUGUUUCCUGUGGGGUGUGGACAAAUUUAAGAAUAGAAUUGGAAUUAAAGAGCAAUUCGCAAUUCAAUUCAGAAUUGACCCCAACCCUGUAUUACACAAACAAGCAUUGACAGGAGAAGAAUCUGAGAUUACAAAUUAGAAAGGUUAAGACAGGAAAUCAUUAAAACAUGAUAGAAAAGAAAAUAGGACAGAGGCAGGUUGAGAAGUGGUAUUAGCCAUUGCUCAUAGCUAAAUUACAUGACCAAAAGUAUGUGUACACCUGCCCGUCGAACAUCUCAUUCCAAAAUCAUGGGCAUUAAUAUGGAGAUGGUCCCCCCUCUUCUGGGAAGGCUUUCCACUAGAUGUUGGAACAUUGCUGAGGGGACUUGCUUCCAUUCAGCCACAAGAGCAUUAUUUAUUUUUAUUUAUUUAACUAGGCAUUAGUGAGGUUGGGCAGUGAUGUUGGGCGAUUAGGCCUGGCUUGCAGUCGGCAUUCCAAUUCAUCCCAAAGGUGUUCGAUGGGGUUGAGGUCAGGUCUCUGUGAAGGCCAGUCAAGUUCUUCCACACCGAUCUUGACAAACCAUUUCUGUAUGGACCUUGCUUUUGGCACGGGGGCAUUGUCAUGCAGAAACAGGAAAGGGCCUUCUCCAAACUGUUGCCACAAAGUUGGAAGCACAGAAUCAUCUAGAAUGUCAUUGUAUGCUGUAACGUUACGAUUUCCCUUCACUGGAACUAAGGGGCCUAGCCUGAACCAUGAAAACCAGCCCCAGAUCACUAUUCCUCCUCCACCAAACUUUACAGUUGGCCCUAUGCAUUAGGGCAGGUAGCAUUCUCCAGGCAUUUGAAAUUUGACAAACUGACUUGUUGGAAAGGUGGUAUCCUAUGACGGUGCCACGUUGAAAGUCACUGAGCUCUUCAGUAAGGCCAUUCUACUGCCAAUGUUUGUCUAUGGAGAUUACAUGGUUGUGUGCUCGGUCAGCAACGGGUGUGGCUCAAAUAGCUGAAUCCACUAAUUUGAAGAUGUGUCCACAUACUUUUGUAUAUAUAUAUAGUGUAUAUUUCUAGCUGAGAUGCCACUAGAAUUUUAAGACCAAUAACCCACCUCUUUCCAAUGUUCAUGUUUUAAAUUCCAAUUAGUAGAAUAAGGAUGCACAAGUUGUCUUGUUUUUAUGUUGUUGUUUUUUUUACAUAUCAAUUCAAUAUCUAAACCAGCCCUGAUGUUUCAGCUGCUGCUUUUCUCAAGGGAUGCUGAUGCUGUUUUGAUUGCCACCAGAUUGCCACCAAUAGAAGGAUGACAGUGCAGUAUAACCCACCAUCGUCUUGUAUCCUUGAGAUCAACGUGAAAGGUGUGAAGCUCCUAGUCCAGGAUGACUACUAUGCCUCUGACAGAGUAAGACUUUCACACUCAAAUGCACACACAUUGUACACAUACACACGCACACGCACACACACACACACACACACAAACAGGACAGGUACACACACAGACAUACUCAGAUUUAUGCACACACACGUACACACUCUACACAUGCGUUUGCAUCACACACACACACUUCUUAAGGCACACCUUCAACGCAUUUUAGAAAGACAGAAGUUUAGUUUGGACCAAAGUAUGACUACAAGACUUCACAUUUGGCUUGCAAGACUAGAUACAUAGAGACUUUUUAUACAAACCUCUGACCAGCAAGAUCACACUGAGGUACGUCUUCCCAGUAAAGAAGGUUGAUAACGCCCCAGUGUGGGCACUACAGGGUAUUGCAGACCACACAUAAUAAUCCAGUUGUACUGCAUAGAAGCAAGUGAGAAUUUUAUCUGGCAACAGCGGUGCCCUCCAAAACUGAAGUCAAGCUAUGUAACCAUCAGUGGGUUCUUUGUUGACAUUAAGGCUAAGAUUUGUUUUAAUAUCUAAUCUAAUUGGUCAAUCAUAAGGUUCACUAGCUACUGCUCCUACAGAAUAUAUGGUUUAAGCAGACAGCAAACUCCAUGAGAAAUGCAGUUGUUGACAUGGAGGGUGGAUACUUUUUACCCUCAACACCUGUUUUUCAGAGCCAUAGAAUUUGGUCAAUGAGGUUUGUACCAAAGAACUAUGAUGUAUUCAUAUGACAGCACAUACCAGAUACUGUAUCUAGAACAUUAUGGGUGAUCAUUCUAGAUUAUAGGUAGUCAUUCUAGAUUAUGGGUAGUCAUUCUAGUUUCCAAAUUAAAUUGGCCUACAAUUACAUCAAGUAAACAGGUGUCACACAACUGAUACACUAUGACAUGGGGUGUACUACAUAGUGUGAAAUACAUUUUGGUUACAUACCUGUACUCCUGUCUAAAUGUCCGGAUGACACAGGCGACAGUAAAACGGCUCAAGUUGGGCUGCACUCUCUGUCCAGCCUCUCGCAUUGUCAGCCCAUGGUUAAUGACAUGAUCAACUAAGUUUGCUCUGAUUUCAUUUGAAAGUUGUUGUCCUCUUUGGCCAUGAACUCCUCUACCAGCUCUACCCCUACCUCUCACUCUUCCUCCCCCUCUCAUUCUCACCCUCCCUCUUCCUCUUCCUCUCUCUGCAACAUCUUCCAUUGUUGUUGUAAAACAAAAAAGGUGCUCACCUGUGGUCUUUUCAUAGUGCUUACUUCCUGAUUGAAGUGGUAACAAUUAACCAUUGAGGUGUUUGGCCAGGUGGCACAUGUAUUGGCCAAUUAGCUCAUGUAGUGUCAUUUUGAAUGGCAGUGUUUUUAAAUGGAAAACAUGUGACUUUAUGUCAGAUUGUUGUGUCUUAUGCAGAGAACCAUGUGCAGUGCAUUUACAAAGUGCCAUUUUGAAUUGCAAAAUGUGUGUAAAGCAGAAAAUGUGUUUUGGAGACUUGAGUAGAGGUUUUGCUCUCUGUGUGUCAGUUUAAAUAAUUGUGCUGUGCAUGUCAUUGUAGUGUGUUAGCAAUUGGAAAAAACUGUAAUAUAGAUGUGUGUGUGUGUGUGUGUGUGUGUGUGUGUGUGUGUGUGUGUGUGUGUGUGUGUGUGUCUGUCUGUCUGUCUGCCAUCACAGAGUAACCAGUGCAGCCACUUCUUCCAGUUGAAGAAUGUUUCCUUCUGUGGCUAUCACCCUAAGAACAGCAAGUAAGUACCUGGAUCUGGAUGACAUUUUGUCAGUCAUGCUCACUGUGUUCAAGUAACAAUGAUCUUUUUGGGAGAGUCAUAGCGCAGGCAGUGGAGGAAAUGGAGAAAGAGAAUCACUCUCAGAACCGGAAAAUCUGCAUUUAUUUUACUCCUGGAACCUGGUUCCCUCUGGGGUUUCGCUCCUCUGACCCCUGUAUAUUUUUUUUAACCUAUGUGUGGGUUGUAUGGUUUCCUCUUAGGUACUUUGGCUUCAUCACAAAACACCCAGCUGACCAGAGAUUUGCCUGUCAUGUGUUUGUGUCUGAAGAUUCGACUAAACCCCUGGCAGAGUCUGUUGGGUGA